GUGUCAGCUGUACCCAAGGCGAUCUCAGCAGCAGCAAAUACCUGUGGUGGAUUUCCAGGCGGAACUGAGACAGGCAUUCUUAGCUGAGACACCAAGAGGUGGUUAAAGCAGUAUUGGAACAUCCAGGUAGCUGAUUUCCAAGUGAAAAAACAGGCUCCAUCUACUGUUUGAAGCUUCUGCCCCAAGCUUGCAUUGUUUAUAGGAGAACCUGCGUCAUACCUUUAUCUGUAGCCUUCCCUUAGGUCUUAAGGAUCCUGAAACCUUACUGUGGACAUUGGAUUUGGUGGAACAGCAACCAUGACUGUGGGAAAGAGCAGCAAGAUGCUGCAGCACAUCGACUAUAGAAUGAGAUGUAUCUUGCAAGAUGGCCGAAUCUUCAUUGGCACCUUUAAGGCUUUUGACAAGCAUAUGAACUUGAUCCUCUGUGAUUGUGAUGAAUUCAGAAAGAUCAAGCCAAAGAAUGCGAAGCAGCCAGAGCGUGAAGAAAAGCGGGUUUUGGGUCUGGUGUUACUACGUGGGGAGAACUUGGUUUCCAUGACUGUGGAAGGACCACCCCCCAAAGAUACUGGCAUUGCUCGGGUACCACUUGCUGGAGCUGCAGGAGGUCCUGGGGUUGGCAGGGCAGCUGGCAGAGGAGUGCCAGCUGGUGUUCCAAUUCCCCAAGCUCCUGCUGGAUUAGCAGGCCCUGUCCGAGGGGUUGGGGGGCCAUCCCAACAGGUAAUGACUCCACAGGGAAGAGGCACUGUAGCGGCUGCUGCAGUUGCUGCAACUGCCAGCAUUGCUGGAGCCCCGACUCAGUACCCACCAGGACGGGGGACCCCACCCACUCCCGUGGGCCGAGCAACACCACCUCCCGGCAUUAUGGCUCCUCCACCUGGUAUGAGACCACCCAUGGGCCCACCAAUUGGGCUUCCCCCUGCUCGAGGGACGCCAAUAGGCAUGCCCCCUCCAGGAAUGAGACCCCCUCCACCAGGAAUUAGAGGUCCACCUCCCCCAGGAAUGCGUCCACCAAGACCCUAGGAUACUGUUGAUCCUUCCUAAGUCACUUUUUUCCCUGCAAUGUGUCUUGUGAAAUUGUGUAGAGUGUUUGUGAGCUAUUGUUUCCUCCUUGCUGCAUUAAUAUUAGCUAAUAAAUGCACAGAGCAAUUAAACUGCGA